AUGGACAAAGAAUUGGGCCUGAUUCUGUUCCUGGCGCUGCUUCUCUGUCACCGAGGCAACACACAGUCACAAACCUCGUGUCCGUACCGUUGCCACUGUUUCACUUCAGUCCAAAUACUGUGUUCUGAUGAACGGAUGAUAUCUUUACCCAGGAACAUGUCCAGGCAGGUCAAGGACUUUAUCCUGGUCAAUUCAGCCGUAUCGUAUCUGUUCUCCCCCACUUUAGAGGAGAGCCCCCAACUCACCAAGCUUAUCUUCCUAAGUAAUGCACUACGAAGUGUUCACGCUCAGGCGUUUGAGCAUCUGACUGAGCUGCAGGAGCUGGAAAUCAGUGGGAACCCCUGGCUGGAGCACUUAUACUUGGGGACUUUCUCAAAGCAGGGAAACUUGACUAAACUGUUGCUUAACUGCAACAGGUUCAAGACGGUGCUUCCUGGCAUGUUUGACUCUCUUAAACAGCUCCAAACUCUGCAGAUGAAAGGCAACAUCAUAUCAGAUCUGCCUACAUUCCUUUUCUUGAACCUUCAGAAUCUGCGUGUCCUGGAUUUGUCCCAAAAUAAGCUUGAAGACGUAAAAAGGGAAGUUUUUUCUGGUCUGGCAAGAUUGGAGAUUCUGAGAAUGAACAACAACCUCAUCAGAAAUCUGACAUCUAACAUGUUCCACAAUAUUUCUCAGCUGAUAGAGCUGCACUUUGAGGGUAAUAAAAUAUCAGAACUCGCUGACGAUAUCUUCUUUGUUUUAACCAAAUUGAAGGUGCUGAACCUCCGCGGAAACCUUCUAACAGUUUUCAGCGAUAAAGUGUUUGGAGUCGAGACAACACAUUUGAUGGAGCUGAAUCUAAAAGGGAACAGAUUGACUGAGCUGUCCUCUCUAGGAAGUUUGACGUCUCUUACCGACCUUAUCUUGUCCUCGAACCAGCUCUCCGACCUUCCUGAGGACAUUUUUAGAAAUGUUACAGCCCUCGAGAAUCUUGAUCUGUCUGAAAACCAGCUCACCCUGCUGCCUGAAAUGAUAUUUCAUAAUCUAUCUAGCAUCAAAGCAAUCCAUCUAAACAAGAACCACCUGAGCAAUGUUAACGGCAAACUGCUUGAGGACCAGCUUCUCCUUCAGCAGCUUUACCUGUCUGACAACCAGCUGGAAAGUCUCCCACAGGGCUUUUUAGACCCUUUUGUCAUGCAGCACACGGUGAGACUGCACGGGAACCCCUGGAAAUGUGACUGCCGCAUGUCGUACCUGCACGACUGGAUGCUGACAAACAGCAGAGGUGUAGAGAUGCUCGACAGGGUGGUCUGUGCGAGCCCCGGCUAUUUGAGGAGCCGGGCAGUCGUCUCAAUCGACAAGGAGCAGCUGGUGUGUCCGGUGUCUAAAGAUGACAUGCCUGAUCUCAGGAGCUGUAGCCUUCAAGCUGUCGGUGACACCGUCAUUAUCAACUGUAAAAUGGAUACAUGUUCUCCACUGACAGUGAAGGUACAGUUUCAGGAGGAUGACGGCAGCAUUAUGGAGCAUAUUAUGAAACAUGAGCCUAAAUGCAGUAAUGAGACAAUGAUCGAGAUCCCUGUUCAGUAG